AUGGACGUUCUCGGACUCGGAUCCACCCUAACGAAGGAGGUGACUUUUCGGUUUCUUAUUCUUCCUCUUCGCUGCAAAAUUUCGUUAAUCGUGGGGUUACGAUUGCUCCUUUGCCCAUUCGGUUCGAACGUUGUAAUUCGAACAGCGUGCUGUUCUGUGGGUAUUGUUUUACCAGUAUAUUCAACAUUCAAGGCAAUUGAAAGGAAAGAUCAAGAUGAUCAACAAAAGUGGCUCAUAUAUUGGGCAGCUUAUGGAUCUUUCAGCAUUGUGGAAGUGUUUUCAGACAAGCUUCUUUUUUGGUUUCCCAUGUACUAUCACCUUAAAUUUGCGUUUCUUGUUUGGCUUCAACUUCCAUCUGCUGAAGGAGCAACAAAACUGUACAGGAACCAUCUACGUCCAUUCUUGUUAAGGCAUCAAGCCAGAAUCGAUCAACUUGUGGGCUUCGCAUAUCAUCAAAUGGCUAGAAUUUUCAGCUCGCACCAAGCAGAAUUUCAAUUUGCAAAGACUGUACUCAUGAAAAUUAUUGGCACAGCGGGCCUAAUAUUUAGGGGCACGGGUCAACAAGGCCACAAUGAAAUUGAAGGUCCUCCGAGUCCAAUCUCGGAUACACAGUCGGAUCAUGAGGAUUGACAAUUGUCAUUAAUGUUUUGUAACCUUCUUUUACUCGGUUGAGUUUAGUGUUUGUAUUUCCUUUUGAUAAUCUACCCGUUGUUGAAGCACGUAGCAUCUCUAAAGAAAAAAUCACCCAAGAUGCGGCGUGCUUGCUGCUAUAGGUUUCAUAUUUCACACAACAAAUGUUUUAGUGCAUUACCUGUGUAAAGAAUGUUUGUCUACCAGAUUUACUUGGCAAAUGAAUUAGCCAAAUCAGUUACUC